GCAUGCAGUCACUACUUUGAGGAUAUAUUCCAGAAGACUCCCAGCGACAAUGCUCGACCUGUUAUCAUCUUUAAUGACAUAUCAGUUGGAAUUUUAGAAUGGCUUCUGUCAUACAUGUACUGUGGUGAGGUGACAAUACCUAGGGAUUCUAUCUCUUUGCUAUUUAGAUUAGCUGAGAAAUUCAAAAUCAAAGGACUGUCCCAGCAGCAGGAUCCAGAAUUGGAUAAGAGACAGGUUGUACCUGAUAAUGUUGAAGGUCUGGAUGAUGGCAGUGUUAAUAUUAAUGCUCCAAAGAAACUCAAGAGGAAAUUUCCUAAGAGGAGUAAUCUUCAGACCAAGAAGUCUACAUCAUCCGUAUCACUGGGACGUCGGUCAGAUUCAUCAAGUUGUGUGCUAACUCCUUCUUUGCAAACAGUUGCUAAAUCAUCUGUGUCAUUGAAACUAACAUCAAAGUCUUCAAGUUGUGUGCUGACUCCUCCAUUGCAAACAGUUGCUAAAUCACCUGUCUCACAGGAACUUCCGUCCAAUGCUACAAAUGUGAUAGUAAAACCGUCUACUGCACCAUUGAAAAAUAAAGGGAGCCCUCAUUUGUUGCUAUCUCCCGCUGAUGCAGUGCCAGAGACGUUAACAUCCCCCGCAAGGCCAAUUGUGUCCAUACCAGUGUCUUCCUUGUCAGAAAGAAUCCCCUCUUUUAUUUCCCGUAGUCAGAUGCCAAUUCUAGCCAGUCUCCUCGUUGGAAAGUCUGAAGAUACACAAAACUCUGUUCCGCUUAAAACAGUUAUACCAUCAUCUAGGUCAUCCACAGUAACUGGAACUUCCACAGCCAAACAUAAUAGAUUAAGCGUUGUCGAGGGUACCACCUUCAAGUUUUUUCCAGCUGGGAGAACUACUAACCAUCCACUACUGCCAGAGAUCAAAGACGAGGGAAAGAAUGAAUCUAUUAUAUUGGGUCCAGAUGGUACACUGUCCAUACUCGGUAUCAGAGCAGCAGCUUCAGAUAUGGAAGUAGUUGCACAACAAGCUAUUGGAGGUGUGGGGGAAGGCUCCAAAGAACAGGCCAGUGGUGAAGAAAGGGGAGCUCUUACUCCUCCACCAGAUGUUCUUUCACAAAUGGUCAAACCUUGCUUGAAAAUGUCUGAAAUCAAAGAAGAGAUAAACAAUGAACCCUUUAUUUUGGGUCCAGAUGACCCGCUGGUGAAGGAUGAUUAUGAUGAUGAAUUAGAUAACUUUAGUAACGGCAACACUUCCAUGCUGCCAGAAAUGACUUCAGAGUAUGCUUCAACCUCAAGCUGUAAACUUGGUGGAAGAAGAGCAGAUUCAGAUCAAGAUCCAGGUAGCAAACAGGUUAAUAAUGGUGGUGGUGGGGGGGAAGGCUCCACAGAACAGAUCAGUGGUGAAAAAUGGGGAAGUCCUAGUUCUCCACCAGAUUCCCUGUUACAGAUAGUGCAACCCUGCAUGAAAAUGCGUGAAAUCAGAUCCAAGAGAAAGGAAGGACUCUUUACUUCUGGCCUAUGUGAUUCACUGGCCUUGGAUGAUGAUGAUGAUUACAACUUGAACAACUGGAGUGAUGAUGACUCUUGUAUGCUACCAGAUUUGACUUAUUUAGUGCCUACAUCAACUCCGGACAAUGCACUAAGUAAUAAACAGGCAGCUGUAGGUACAGAAACGAUUACAGAGCAAGCUAAUGGAGGUGCAGUGGAUUGUACCAAAGAACAGGCCAGUGGUGAAAAAGGGAUAGGUCCAAGUUCUCUACCAAUUAUGCUCUCAAAAACAGUCAAACCCUUUGUGGUAAUGCGUGAAAUUGGAACCAAGAGAAAGGAAGGACUCUUAACUUACGGUCUAGAUGAUUCACUGGCCUUGGAUGAUGAUGAUGAUGAUGAUGACAGCUUGAAUACUAACUGGAGUGAUGAUGACUCUCAUAUACUGCCAGAUUUGACUUUAGCGCGAGCCUCAAUUCCGAACUAUCCACUUAGUAAUAAACAGGCAGCUUCAGGUACAGAAACAAUUACUAUAAAACAAGCUUUUGGAGGUGCUGUGGAAUGUACCACAGAGCAGGCCAGUGAUGAAAAAGGGAGAGAUCCUAGUUCUUCACCAAUUAUGCUCUCAAAAAUAGUCAAACCCUUUAUGGUAAUGCCUGAGGUAAAAGAAGUUGGAAAGAAAAGAAUUGCUACUCUUGGUCCCAGUCAUCCACUUGCCAUUGAUGGUGAUGACUUGGGUAACCUGAGUGAUAACACUCUUUUGAUGCCAAAGGUGACUUCAUCAGUGUCUACCCCAACCCCAAACUGUACACUUGGUAUCAAACAAGCAACUUCAGACCCUGAACAAGCUUGUGGAGGUGAAAGAGAAGGCUCCAAAGAACAGGCUAGUGGUAAAGAAGGCAGAGGGUCUAAUUAUCCACCAGAUGUGCUUUCACAAAGAGUCCAACCCUGUGUGGUUUUGUUGUCCAGACUGCUUAAAUCACCUGAGAUCAAAAAGAGGAAAAAAGAACGCCUUUCCUUGGGUCUUGAUGAUUUGAGUGAUGGUGACACUCGUGUUCUACCAGAUUUGACUUUAGUGCCUAACUCAGCUCCAAACAAUGCACUCAGUAUGAAGCAAAGAGCUUUGGAUCCAGAAACAGUCAAACAAGAAGCUAACGGAGGUGAGGGGGAAGGUUCCAAAGAACUGGCUAAUGGUGAUGAAGGGGGAGGUCUUAGUUCUCCACGAGAUGUCCUUACACGAACAAUUCAACCUUUUACGAAAAUGCAGAUGUCUAGUCAAAGAAGAUUGGCAUCAGCGAUACAGCCAAAAAAUGAAUUAGAUUCAGAUGAAAUGCCUCAUUUUGGUUUCAAAAAUCAGUUAGCUGUUGAAAGACAGUUAGACCUUGAAGAGGAAGAGAAGCCUGUGUCAGUCACCAAGAAAAAUAUAGCAAUACAGCAAAGAAAUAAAUUAGAUUCAGAUGAAGAGCCUCUUUCUGUAGUCAAAACACGGUUAGCUGUUAAAAGGCAGUUAGACCUUAAAGAGGAAGAGAAGCCUGUGUCAGUCACCAAGAAAAUUAUUUUGGAAAGUGAUUCAAGGGUUGGAGGAUGCCCUCAAGGAAGACUUCAAAAACCAAAAGCCAAUACUCACCCCUGUCCCAUUGAAGGGACUUCAAAAGAAAAGCUUCAGAAGAAAAAGUUGAGUGCAUCUGAGGUCAACAAACCAAAACCAAAGAUGAUAAAUGAUGGAAUUACUAUGGUGAAAAAACUGAACACAUCUUUCUGGUGUGGUAUAACUGUUGUCACCUGUUAUCAGCCACUGACCAUUACAGCAGGCACUAUGGAGAGGAAAAUGAUUGUGCCCUUUUGCCUACUCUUUUAUCCAUUUUUUUCAUCCAUUACUGUCCCUGCUCUUACUUUUUUCUCUGCCCUAUUCCCUCAAUUAAUGUAAAAGUAUGACACAAGUGGUUGAGUAUAAGGGGUGUUGAUUGCUUAUGUCCUGGUCCACACACAUUCAUAGCAAAUUUGUUUAUUUUAACCCUUUUUUAUGUAUCCAUAUGUCUAAGUAAAAUAUUGUAUUUGUAUUAAUAAAUUAUAAUGCCGUA